AUGUCGGUUCUUUCACGAGCGCCACUGCAGAAUGAAUGGAUCCCCAGGGAAGAUUCGAUGGUAGCAGCAGCGCGCUGGCAAUGGCGCUCGGCCAGAUGGUUCAUUCUAACCACUGUCGCCAUUGCGCUCUUCAUCGAAAUGUUCCUCUAUGGAUUUCUCGUCCCGAUGCUGCCCUACAUGCUGGAAGAGCGGAUGCAUCAGGACCCCAAGCAAACGCAGCGCUUGACAUCGGUCUCGCUAGCGCUACACGGCCUCGUCUCGGUCUUCGGGGGCCCUCUCAUGGGUCACCUUGCUGAUAAGGCCCCCAACCGCCAAAUCCCCUUUCUUGUUGCGCUGGUAGGGUGUAUCAUCGGCACGUUCAUGGUCGCCUGCGCGGUGGACGUGGGCGUGUUCUUUGGCGGACGUGUGCUGCAGGGGAUCUCGGGGUCUGGGGCAUGGAUUAUCGGGUUUGCGACGGCGGCGGAUACAGUUAAGCCCGAGCGGAUCGGGACGACCAUGGGAAUUAUCAUGGCCUGUGCGAGUGCGGGCAUGAUUACCGGGCCGAUGAUCUCGGGUUUGAUUCUCGAAACGUUCGGGUACUGGUUUACUUGGAGUGUGCCCGUGGCGAUCUUGGUGGUGGAUGUCGUGGCCCGGCUGCUGAUGGUCGAGAACCCGGAGAGCGCGAGCACCAAGGCGUCGUCUGAUGCACACGAGACAGAUCCUCUUGUAGAUUCCGCUGCCUGUCGAGAAAGAAGCCCCGAGGGCUCAACGAUGUCGGCUGCGAACUUUUGGCGCAUGAUGCUGAGCAAUAGCCGUGUGAUGACGGCCUUGCUCAUUGGGAUUUGGGGUUCGACCCUGAUGACAAGCUUUAACGCCACCCUUCCGUUACAUGUGUUGGAUAUCUUCGGCUGGGGCCCGUCUCGCGUGGGGAUGAUGUUCUUCCUGCUGGCUAUGCCGGGUGUGCCCAUCAGUCCACUCGCGGGGUACCUUCGUGAUCGGAUCGGGACCCGGACGCCUGCUUUCAUUGCCCUUGGCAUGCAGGGAGUGUUCUUGGUCCUGCUGGGAUUCGCCGGGAACAAGCAGUUUGAAUGGGCUAGUGCUUCGGGCCGAGGCCAGGCACUGUAUAUCCUUUGCUGCGUCGUCUUUGGUACUCUACGACCUUUUGUCUCGGGAAUUGGGCCCGUGGAAUUGACCGCCGUGGUCAAAGCGGAAGAGGCCAGGAACCCAGGGAUCUUCGGACCCAGGGGGGGCCUCUCGCGUGUUUUUUCUUUAGUGGAAGUGGCUGCUACAAGCGGCAUGACACUGGGUCCCAUUGUUGCGGGAGCUCUUACGGAGCGGUUUGGAUAUUACCAAAUGUGCUGGACGUUCAGCGUCAUCUCCAUCAUCAUGGCCCUCCUAGCCCGCAUCUUCCUCGGGUCCAAAAGUACACCAGAAAAGGACCGACCUCGGCAAGAAAGCGCCGAGUGA